AUGACGUCCCCUCGAGCCAGUGAGGACGAAGAAGAGAUCAACGUGGACUCGGGCCACGAGGACGGCACCGAGGACGAGGAGCAGCCGGUGCCGCUGCCGUUCUCGAUAUCCAGGCUGCUGGGCGAGGAGCGGCCGGCGGGGGUGAUCCGGGUGCCUGCCCAGCGGGCGCCGCCGCCCCCCGUGGGCCCCUUCCCCUGGGGCCUCGUCCACCCCGCCGCCUACAGCAGUGCCGCCGCCGCCGCCGCUGCCGCCUUCGCCUCCCACGCCAUCAAGGAGCGGCUCACAGGUCAGUCCUUAGUGCACUUGAAAUAA